GUUGUGUGAAUGUCUGUUUCUUUUUAUGCUUUGGGUUCUGUUCUUUUCGUUUCCUCCAAUCAUCUAUGUUUGCGUUUUCGGAGUUAUUUCAAUUAAAACAAGUUAAAAGGUGUCCUGUAUCUUACUGAAUAGUGGCACUGUGUCCCAUGCAGCUUUUACCCUGAACACAACGCUUGACCUCAAGCAAAAAGGUCACACUCACUUUAGGCCCUCAUUUGAUUAUCUGUGGAUAUUACAUACAUUCGUUGUGCUUAUUUUUUUAAUUAAAGGGGAUGUGUAAAGACAAGUUUGCCGGUUCCCUGAUGGCAAAAUAAUGCCAUAGAAGGAUGAAAUCCAAUGUAUUCAUUAUUUAAAAAAUAUGUAGAUAUGCAUUGUGUUUGUGUGGGGACGAUUGAAUUCCACGCUGAGGCAACUGCAUUAUUUCUUCUCUAUUUAAAUAAGCCAGCCGGGUCAGUGACUGGCGAACAGAAGAAAAAUCUCUGCAGAAGGAAGCCACAGCUCGGCGUGUCUCUCUUCAGAGGUCCUCUGGGGCAACCUAGUGGCUGCUUGCAUUGAUGAGUUUAGUUCUGCAAUGUUUGAACAGCAUCACGGAGCGUUUACCAGCCAUCGUGACAUCUUCCAAAAAUCGUUUUAUUUAGUAAAUAACACUUUUUAAAAACAGGAAGACAUAGAGAUGUUGAAAUUUCCAAGUGCCAUUGAAUUCCUCUCAGAUUGUAUGCUUCAAAUCAAGCACACAGAAGAGAUAGAUUUAGGUCUUGGUCAAGCUUUACGUUUAGUGCGUGGACAAAACUAAUCAAAUCAUGGAAUCAGCAUGAGGGUUGAGUCACUGCAUUGAAGGUUGAGGUUUUCUUGCCUUGUAUUUAACUUUCACAGAGAAUAUUUGGGCCCAGAGUUUAAGUCCUAUAUGUUAUAAAGUUACUAGGGAGCAUUGUCCCACAUGGACCCAGAUUGAAGGCCAUAUAUCAAAAAUGCAAGACCCUUCCUGUAAAAACAUAUGAAGAUCUUCUAAAUGGUCGAUGGUGGGGGGGAAGUUCUCAACUCGGAUUGUGCUGCCUGGCAUAUAGGAUUCUUGAAAAAGUUAUUUAAGGAAAAUAUACAUUUUGUUAAGGGAGCUUAACCAAUCUGAAGCUCCCGUCCCAAAGGAUAAAGGGGUUUUGUCCAAUAGUCAAAGAAUAAUCAUGAGGAAACCCUGAAUGUUAUUCAGAUAUGACACAAAUGUGCCUUGAGAAGUAGCCGACAGAUGUUCAUUAAGACUCCUCCAUUUCCAUUACUACAUAGUCCUAAUAACUAUAUAAUAUUUGUGUUAUUAUACACGUUUAUAGGGUGGGUGAAAUGCUGUAGGACAUGUCUCUGGAUAUACAGGGAGAGAUCUUUGGGUUCCACCAUUUCUGGAAAAAUGAAUAAACAAGUGUUUAAAAGAAGAAAAAAACAUUACGCAAAUUUAGUUUGACAACCGGAAUUUUCAAAUAUAUUAAUAAAUAUAAAUAUUUGUGCAAAUAUUAAUAAAUAUUUGCACAAUAGUGCAGCAAUUGUAGACACAGCAGAUAACAGGGAGCGCAUCACACUGCACUGUAUGAAAACUCUCCUUGCAAUCUGAACAGUGACCAGGAGAGGAAGACGUGUUCACGGCAAACCAGCUGGAGAUGAAGACUCACUUACGGCGCAUAUGAACAUCUCGAGGAAUACGUUGUUCACCACUUGUUCCUGAAGACAAGAUGAGUUUUUGAGUGUUUGAUUGAGUUGGCAGAUGGAAUAAGAGCUUCAUUCACAAUGUGGUAUAAAUAAUACUGGUUAUGAUUCACAGGAGCAGUUUGAUUAUUAAGGACAAAUUGUCUUAUCCGGAUUUCGCUUCCUUUUUUGUUCCUCAGAAACCUGACUUUGUGUUCCAAAACAUGACAUGAUUCACAUUCUUUUGCAGGAUUUGGUAUUUAAUACCAUACAAAACUACAUUAACAGGACCCUCUGCUACAUCAAGAGCUCUGACUCUUACUUAAAGUUUCUGUGGGUAAGUGGCUGUGAACGCGUCUCCCUUUGACCUCCAGCAUUAAACGAGACCAUCAGAGGGAAGAUGCUUUAUUUCUAUAUUAAUGCUCGUCCUUGGGGAAAUGAUGCUGGUGAAAUCUGAUUAGACAACUGCAGUAAAAAUAAGUUUUCUUAAGCGACUCUGGUGCUCAGAGACACUAACACUUUGGCCCGCAGGGAGGACACAAUAAACAUGAAUCUCCCUAAAGUAACCCCAUAAGGGGUUCACUAUUUAAGAGCAAUUUAUCAUUCAGCAGCCACUUAAAUCUGCAUUAGGCUUCCUGCGUUCCACUUCCAUACUGCUUAUAAACUCACUUGUUCUUUUGGUUCCAACGUGUUCAGGGAUGCGUGUAACCUUUUGACGCUUGUGUCACGUGUGAAGAGAAGGCAACAGAUUUAAAGAGGGAAAAACAUAAUUUGUGAGAAGCAUUCAAACUGGGAGGUUUUCCGGGUUUCUCAGAGCAGUCCUGCUAAAAAUACGCUGUGGGCGAUGUUUCACCAUCUUUAAGGCAAAUAACCACAGAGGGGGGAAAAAUCUCAGAAGAGUUCUAGUGGGUUUGUGUGUGUGUGUGUGUGUUUGAAGGCUCACUGGCAUUAAUCAUCUCAUCUUAUUUAAUCUUUCUCAUGGGUUUGUGUGCGUGUGUGUGUGUGUGUGUGUGUGUGUGUGUGUGUUUUAAGGCGUCAAUUAUCUUAUUAAUCUUCCUCACUAUGAGUAUUUUGGUUCAGUUUGGAAAAAAAUAAAAAACUUUUGAAAGGAAUCUUAGGGAAAAAGUAAAGUUCACGUUUUGCACUUCCUUACCUUACAUGUCACGCGCAUUAUAAAGCUCUGCUGCAAACCGAAAGCCAACGCAUCCUCCUUCUCUUCCUCUCUAUCGUCUGUAUCUUUCCUUAUCACUCAGUCACCUGCAGCUCAUUCCGAGUAUCCGGCCUUACUUUUGCCUCUUUUGCAUAUAAAUCCUUGCAGGACACGUGCGGCUUUGCAUGUAACUCUUGUCUCCUCGCGGACGAGCCCCGCAGGAGGCGGAGCUCCGCGAGGAGACCCAUAAAACCCGAAGCUCUGCUCCUCCGCUCACUGCACAAGGUGACGCGCUCAGCGGCGCACGAAUCGCUCCGACCUCCGCGGCUCGUGCGCGCACACACACUCUCACACACACACGCGCACACACAUGCGCGUGCACGCACACAGCAGCAGGAGCAGCAGCGGCGGCAGCGGCGGAGUGGGCAUGAACGCGGUCGGGUUCGGGAGUUUUCGGUCAGAGGUUCGCUCCCGGAUCCACAUUUCUCCUCCAGGAAGAACCAAACCCAAACAGAAGUAACGCGUAAAGGCCGGCACGGGACCCCGCGGAGAAGCCCUGCCGCCGCCCCAAAGGAUACCUUUGAUCCGCAGUCUCGAUCCGCGGAUUACGGAGGCCUCGCAGCGGGGAUGUGACAGCUGCUUUGGGCCACAGAAGGGAGCGACAAUCGGUUUCUGUUUUGCGGCGACCACACGGCCGCAUAAUGCAGCAUCAUUUGGACCUGGGGGGGCAUUACUUCGCACCGGAGGCUCAGCCGCACGACCACAGGACUCAUCGCUACAGGAGUUUCAUGAUCGAGGAGAUCUUGACCGACCACCCGCAGCACAAAGCGUCGGCUCCGGCCGGGGAGCUGCUCAAGUUCGGGGUGCAGGCUCUGCUGUCCGCCCGGCCCUUCCACAACCAGCUGGUCCUUAAAGCCGACCAGACCAGCCUGCUCAAGUUCCCCAUGUCCCCGCUGGCCUGCUCGCUGGGUUCCCCGCUCGGCGCGCAGCUGCUGUCCGCCGCGUCGGGCCUGCAGAUCGGCGCGGCGUCCCACCACCUGCCGCUGGACCUGCACCUCCGCGGGAAGCUGGAGCACGGGCCCGACGCGGGCGGCAAGAGCAAGAAGGGCCGCCGCAGCCGCACCGUGUUCACGGAGCUGCAGCUGAUGGGCCUGGAGAAGCGCUUCGAGAAGCAGAAGUAUCUGUCCACGCCGGAUAGAAUAGACCUGGCUGAAUCUUUGGGCCUCAGUCAACUGCAAGUGAAAACAUGGUACCAGAACAGGCGGAUGAAAUGGAAGAAAAUCGUGCUGCAGGGCGGCGGCCUGGAGUCUCCCACCAAGCCGAAGGGCCGCCCGAAGAAGAACUCCAUCCCCAGCAGCGAGCAGCUCUCCGAGCAGCAGUCCGAGGGCUCGAGCUGCCACUCGGAGAACACCCAGGAGGAGUGACCCCCCCCCCCCCCCCCCGGGACCCCCCUACACGGCAGCCGGACGGACACUCCUGGGUCCCCGUGCGCGCAGAGCAUGCCGGGAGGUGGGCGCCGGGGCUCCUGAAGCCGGCCCGUCCCGCGCAGGCGUCACAGAAGCCUCGCGGAAAAGGCCUGAACUGUCCACGCGCGCCGACAUCCUCCAGCGGCCGCGUGCUGUUGUUGUGUUGUUGUUGUUGUUUCUUACCACGCGCUGCCUUGGUGGUGAGCUCGCUGCUGGGGGGCAGCUGACACCUUCGCAGUAGGUCUACCCUUCUAUAUUCUAAAGAGAUACGUGUCUUUGCAUUCCCUUUGUGUAACUAAACUGUUUAAUUAUUAAAUAUAUUUUCACAAGUAA